UUUUGUCUAUGAUUAUUUGGAAGUUCAUUGCAAAACUAAUUGUAAAUUGUAAUCUUAUACUUUCAUGCUCUAUACAUUUUAAAAGGCCGAGAUAUUAAACAUUAGUUUAAUCUCAUUUAACGAGCUAGUUUAGUUACUCUUCUGCAAAUUAUGUUUAGUUAAUCUAUAGUUGUAUGUGGCUAGAAAACAGGGAAUUGAAAAUGGAGGUUUCCAACAAUACCGACGCCGUUAAUCUCGGCGUUGGUGAAGUGGAAGCAGAAAUAGGCGAAGAGCUGAAACAGCUAGAGGAAGUAAAAGAUUAUGACACCCGCAGUGAAGUGUCUAGCUCAUCUUCAAGCGAUUCCAGCACUCCAAGCAUAAGCUCGGUGAGCACUCAAAAGUCAAAAGACAGACGUACUAAUCGUAAACGCACCAAGUCUGAAAGUCAAUCCCCCAUACAAAGUAAAAGACGUUGUGUGACGAGUACUAACUCAAAAAUCAAAACCUAUGAUUAUAUGACGAAACUAAAUUAUUUAUUUAGAGACACAAGAUUCUUUUUGAUCAAAUCAAAUAAUGCUGAAAACAUUACAUUAUCAAAAGCUAAAGGCGUAUGGUCGACGCUGCCACAAAAUGAGGCAAAUUUAAAUCAAGCAUACAGAGAAUCCAGGAAUGUAUUGUUGAUUUUUUCAGUUAAAGAAAGUGGCAAAUUUGCAGGAUUUGCAAGACUGGCAAGUGAGUCUCGCAGAGAUGUACCAUCUAUAUCAUGGGUCCUCCCACCGGGUCUCUCUGCUAAAGUUUUAGAUGGGGUUUUUAAAGUUGAUUGGAUCUGCAGAAAGGAACUAUCCUUCAGUAGUACGCUGCACCUCUACAAUCCUUGGAAUGAAGGAAAACCUGUGAAAAUAGGCAGAGAUGGUCAAGAAAUUGAGCCCAAAGUUGCAGAAGAGUUGUGUAGAUUAUUUCCUGAAGAUGAGGGAAUAGAAAUGACACCUAUAUUAAGAAAAUCAAAAGAAUCUUCUAAAAAAUCAUAUUUGAAAAGUGGUGGGAGUUACAGAACUUAUAGAGCACCACUAUCAAAUUCUAGAGGGUCCGGAUAUAGGAACCGUAUGAGUGCCUCUUCCAGAAGUAGAAGGAAGACCUUCAGUUCUACAAGAAGCCGCUUAGGCUCCACUUCUUCAUAUAAAAGGAGGUCUCCAUCACCUUAUAUGCGAGAUCGCCUGCCAUCAUGGUUUACACGGCCUCGUGAGAAUUACAAUAAUACUGGAUCUGCUGCAGCUGAAGCAUAUGUUGCAGAAUAUAUGCGCUCUAUGCAUCACCAGCUGCCCCCUCUGCCUUAUGUGCCUCCACCUGGGUUUAGUGGUGCUCUGGCCACAUACGAUGGGCUGCCUCCGCCGCCACCGCCUCCACCGCCACGCUAUUAUGACUUAGCAGAUUACCCCCGUUCAGUGCUUGUUUAUGACAAGAGGUCAUAUGAACGCUCAGUGGAUGAAUUUUUGUGGCGCACCUCUGACCGCUCACGUGGUCGCAGUCGUGAUCGUAGUCGUGAUCGUGAAUCGCAUCGGUCCUAUCGUGAUCGCCGUUAAACGUGAAUUUACCACCGAUGUAUUACUUAUUUUAUGAUUGCUAAUAAAAAAUUGUGUUUGAACUUUGAA